AUGGGGCGGAGGAAGAAGACGCUGCACGACUACGCCGCCGAGUUCUCGGAGCUGGCCGUGAAGCGGCAGCGGCCGGAGCGAGGCGGCGGCGGCGGCGGCGGGGAGGCGGCGGCCGAGUCGCUGUGGUGCUCGUCCUGCCAGCUGCCGCUGCGGGUGCGCCGCGACCGCAUCCUCGAGCACCUCGCCUCCGGCCGCCACUACCGCAACCGCCGCCUGGCCCGGCAGCGCGCCCCGCUGCUGCUCUCCGCAGGCCCCGACAUCAGCCUGCCGCUGCAGCUCGAUGCCCCAUCCCUGCUCACUCAGCCGCCCCUCAUCCUCGCCGCCGCCACCACCGCCAGGGAUCCCUCGCUGCUCCCCAGUGCCAUCAGCUCCGCCACGACCACAGACCAGGCACCUUCCACCUCAGCCUUCACCACCUUACACAUGAGGAUCACACCCGCUGAGCGGAGCAGCCGGAGCCCAGCCGUGCCCCAGGCCCGUUUUGGUGCGGUGCUGGGACGCUGUGGUGCUGGUGGUGUCGGCCUCGCCCUCUUUGGCACAGAGCUCGGUGAUAAAGCCUUGUUCCAAAGCUUAGUGGAAGAAAACGGCUGCUGCUUGCUGUACGUCGUGGAGGACCGGCUGCACGAGGUGGAACGUGCCUUCAGCGCGGAGUUCCUGGCCAGCACGCGGGUGCUGCGGCAGCAGGAUGCCGACAUCGUGCUCAACGACCAGCGAGUUUCUGGAGUCAUCGUUUGUUCACCGCCUGAAGAAGCUUCUGAGACUGUGAUAGAUGCUUUGCGAGCUGGAAAAGGUGUAUUUUGUGAGAGGCUGCCCAGUUUUGACAGGCAGACAGCAGAAGCGUGCUUCGAUGAAGCCAACAGAUGUGGAAGACCGUUGGUUUGUGGAUUCUACAAGCGUUUUGACCCCGCGCUGCAGUUCCUCUGCAAAAAGGUGCGUGGCUGCCAGGCCCUGGGGAGGAUCCACCGGAUAGCGACGACCAGCAGCGUGUACCCGGCGGCUUCCCUGGGCUUCCUCAAAACGUCAGGUGGAAUUUUUUAUAAUGCUGCUGUGCACGAUAUAGAUAUUGUCAGUUGGUUGUUGGGAGAGAGUGCACCAGACACGAUAUUUUCACUGGGGCAUGCGUUCUGCACGGAUAUGGCCUGCUUGAAGGAUGCAGACACUGUAGCAGUCAGCAUGAAAUUUCCUAGCGGAGCAAUUGUUACUUUGGACAUCAGUCAGCACUGCACUAAAAGCUGUGAUCAGAGACUAGAGGUUCACGGUUCUCAAGGAACGUUACGGGUAGAUAACCAGAAUCCCCUGGGGAUUACAGAGCACGGAACUUCUGUGUCCAUAUGUACACAGACCCAAGCUGAUCGUUACAGAGAGGCACACCGGGGGCUCUUUCGACACUUUCUGAGAACCCUGAAAGGCAAAGAGCCUCCCGCGAUAACCAAAGAGCAGUUCCUCUGGGCCGUCCAGGUGGCCGCAGCCGCCGAGCAGUCCUGGAGAAACGGAUCCGCUGUUGACCUGCGCAACGAAGCAAUAGAUUCGGCUGUGAUCAAGACUGAGAUAAUGUGACACGUUGCUGAUUUCUGAGGUGAAGGAUAAUCUUUAAGCUGCGCUACGGUGAAGUCUUUUCACCUGGCGAUGUCUCCACUGUAACCUUAGACUUGCAUUUUUGACAUUUCCACUGGAAAUGCCCAGAGCACGGAAGCACGUUUGAACUAAAAGUGCUCAGUGCUGCUGUGGGUGCCUCGUAGCACGUCCAGCGCUCCUCAGGACGUGGUGAGGUGCCAUAAACUGCCCCCUGCCGCAGGAGGCACCGUGUGCGCCGGCAGCUUCGUGGCAGCUUUUUGUGCAGGUGAUGCCGUGCUCACAAGGGAGGGAGGGAGAGCACCCGGCUGGGCCGUGCGCUUCCUAUCGGUGUGUGCCGGAGUGUGACUGCUGUGCUGAGCUCAACCCCGGGCCUCGUAUUUAUUGUUUUGUUUGUUGCUUUUACCGGGCGUUCUAAAUCUAUGCUAUAGAUUGCAAAUGCAUAGCUGAGAAGUUAGGGUCCGAUUUUCUUGGGGGAUAGUGGAGAGAAGUGAAAAAAACAGGGAGGGAAACCUCCAACCGUGCUGACUUAAGAGAGGUGAGAAACUUUGUAGUAAGGUCGUAAAUUAAGACUAUUUCAUAGAGAAGCAACACACUGGGCAUUUUGGUAAUAAGCACUGUGUUAUUUAAAGAAAAAAAAAAUCAGAAUGCAAUUUGUGAAUUGUACAGGGGCCCUGUACAACAGCUGUGACUGAGACAUGUCCAUUGCAUGGGUUCCUCAGCGCCUGCUGCGAGGCAGGGGAGCUGGCUGGAGGCUUUUGUUUUCUGUGCCUAAGGGCAAGCACAUACGUUAAUAUUUUAGUAGCAAAAUUGAACUAAUAAUCACUUUCCUUGAGUGCACGAAGGGCACUCUGCAUAUCUUAAAGAUAUUUUUUUACAGUCUAGAAGACUGGGAAUAUACACCACAGAAAAGGAUAGUGCCUUCAACAAGAGGCAAGUCUGCUUUUAAACCAGGUUAUUUGUACCUUUUUAUUCUUCCUUUGAGCUUGUUGCCGGUGUAUAGAUUUGGCUGUCGUUUAUUUCUCAUAUGUCAGUUUUCAAGACCUUUUGAAAGCUUUUUUUAUUGUAUUAAAAUAACAGUUUUGCCUUGAGUGUUUAUAGACAUCCCUCCUUGGAAGAUUCUUUAGUUCAAUCGAUUUCCAAUUCCAAUAUAUGCAGUAUAUAUUACUAAAACUAGAGCUGUGACAGUUAUAACUAAAGACAACUCUCUUGUGGAAAUUGUUUCUAAUGGUGUAAUUUUUCAAACUCAGAAAAGCGAUGUCUUAAUGAUAAAAGAUUGUUACUAAUUUCA